UGGUGCGAACGGUGCGUUGCGCCAAUGCAAUGAAAGCAGCAGGACUUAAAAUCGGAGAUGUAGUAGUCAUGAUGGCACCUAACCAUUUAGAUCUGUCAAUACCUUUUUAUGCGGGAUUCUGCAUCGGUGCCGUUGGAGCCCCUAUGGAUAGAACUAUGGGUGCCUAUGAUCUCCGCAUUGCAUUUGACACCAACAGACCAAAAGUGGUAUUCUGUCAAAGCGAUAAAGCGGCAGUUAUUCAACUUGUUGUCAAUGAACCGAAACUCGACACAUUAGUAGUCACAUUUGAUAAAUGUGAAAGUUUUUGUAGUUUCAAUGAAUUUCUUGAGCGUGGUACGAACGGUCUAAGUGAUGACCAAUUCAAGCCUGCCGAUUUCGAUCCUGAACACACCGUGGCUUUAUUAAUCUCGACAAGCGGCACUAAUGAAUUUACCAAAAUCUGCUGUGGUGACGCACAAAAAUUUAGCUAUAACUACACCUUAUUUGUUGUAAGUAUAUUGCAGACUUCCAACGAAACAUUUACUUAUUAG